AUGUCGGAGAUCAAUCAGGAAGAGCAACAAUUUGUGGAGGCGGAGGAGGUUCUACUCACCGAAGUUGAAAACCCGGGAGCACACUGUUUGGUAGACGCAGCGGCGUCUACUGGCAUUCAAGGUUCACCAAUAUUUGUCGUUCAAUCUGAACUCGAACGAUUGUUGAGUCAGCGCAACCACUCUAGUUCCAGGAUUGAGCACAUUAUCGAGACUAUAAAUUUGUUUCAAGAAGACGCCAUCUUGCUGGAGACACGUAGAGAUAUGCUCAAGCAAUGUUACUCAAAUUAUGACACGGCCCAAAGUUCCCUGGAGCAAUUGAAUCCGGAAGAGUACCGCACUCGCGAUUCAAUUGAAAUCAAAUACAUUGCCGGGCUAGCAGCCUUCGAGAAAGCGAUACACAACAAACGGAAAUCCAAUAUGGCGCCCAACACCCAGGUUGAAUUUGCAAGAUUGCCAGCCAUAGACUUACCGACGUUCAAUGGAGCUAGCGGUCAAUGGCUGGAAUGGAUAGGAAAAUUCAACUCCAUGAUUCAUAACCGAGCUAUUCCGAGUAUUCAAAAAUUAGAGUACCUCAAGGUAUCCUUACGGGGUGCUGCCUUGGCUGUGAUUGAUUCGCUGCCAACGACGGAAACUAAUUACGACAUCGCAUACGAGUUGCUGAGCCGACGGUUCAAUAAUUCGAAACUUUUGAUCCAACAACACACUCGAGAGCUGUUCGAAUUAAAAACGGUCGAAGUCGAAUCCCCAACAGCGCUUAGGGAAUUAUUCGAUUCAGCAAGGAAACAUUUAAGAUGUUUGGAAACGCUGCAGCAACCGAUUCAAGCCUGGGACGCCAUAUUAGUCCACUUAUUGUCCAACAAGCUAGACCAUGCAACUCGAAGACAAUGGGAGACUGCAGCGUCGGGUACCACGCCAGCUACGUACAACCAGCUGGAGGGCUUCGUUUUGGACCGCUGCCAGGUGCUAGAUGCAGUUCCAAUCAAGAGAAAGGUGCCCGUGGAAGGCGGAUCAAUUACCAAAAAGAUCAAACCAGAAUCAAGAUCCUUUGUCACUCGGACUGACAACAAGUGUCAAAUAUGCGACGGACACCAUUAUAUAGCAACAUGUAAUGGAUAUAGAAUCAAAUCAAUAGCUGAAAAAUUGCAGACUAUCAGACGCUAUUCACUUUGUUACAACUGCCUUUCAACCAACCACAGUGUUGAAAAAUGCCGCAGUACCGGAUGCCGCAAGUGCAACAAGAAGCACCAUACUUCCAUCCAUCGCGAGAGUCGUUAUAACGGAAACACUCAAAUGGAGAACACGUAUUAUCAUUUACCAACAGAUGUUCUCAUUCCUACGGCUUCUAUAUUAGUGAUGGUUGCAGAGAAAACCAUACUAUGUCGGGUACUAUUAGACACAGGGUCACAAUCCAAUUUCGCAACAGAAUCAUUUAUUAGACGUGCCGGAAUUGUUACUACACCAGCUCACAUGAUGGUGAAAGGGUUUGGUCAGAAUGGAAGUUUAAUACGCGAGAAGGCUAUCAUUAAAUUCAAAAGUCGGAAUUCGGAUUAUUGCCAAUCAGUUCCUGUCUUCGUAACAAGCUCCAUAACCGACCCAAUUCCACGAGCUGACAUCGAUAUCGAUGAUUGGAACUUGUUUGAAGAAAAUUUAGCUGAUCCUGAAUUCCAUCUGUCUAGAAACGUUGAUAUGCUAUUUGGAGUAACUCUGGUGCUCGACAUUCUAAGAAGUGGAAAUAAACAAAUAGGUUCCAAACUUCCAUUACUUCAGAACACAUCACUAGGUUGGAUAGUAGGUGGAACAACUUGUAAGUUAACUGCUCAUCAUCAAGUAUCCGGAUUCAUUAGUGACACUACGGCGGCCAUUACUAGAACGUGGAACGAAGAAGAAAUAUUCGUUGAGAAUUUAUUCGUUACCACUACCACAAGAGACUCAAAUGGCAGAUUUAAAGUGAGAUUACCACUUAAGGAUUCACAUAAGCAACUGGGCGAUUCACGAACUUUGGCCUUGGACAAGUUCCUGAAAUUAGAAAACAGGUUUCAGAAGGAUAAAGAAUUGCAUCAACAAUAUAUUGCAUUUAUGAAAACCUACUUGGAAUUGGGCCACAUGAAAAGGCUGAACGAACGAGAUAUUGACUACGAUAGUCCUCACUACUAUUUUCCGCACCAUCCGGUCUUUAAACUGGAAAGUAGCACCACUAAAAUGCGAACGGUAUUCAACGGAUCUGCAGUUACUUCCAGCGUGAUUUGA